AUGAAUGAACUUAUGUAAGGAUUGCUCCAAGAUGAUAACAUUAUAUAAAACAGGGACAAUAUUAAAAAAAUUAAUCGCUAGACAAUAUAAAACAUUUAAUAAGAUUUGUUUUAUUUUAGAGAGGUGCAAAAUUUUAAUUUAAUAGAAAGAAUGAGGAAGCGUCUAUUUUAAACUAACCAAAAAAAUUUACCCCUAAUAUUGCAUUACUCUAAUAAUUUCACAGCAGAAUUGAACUUUAUUAUUAACCAUUCAGUUGAGAUCGAUUUAUUUUUGAAAGAACUAUCGAAAUGUAUUAUCGACGGAUUUGAUUAGCAACACCAAUCGCUUCAAAAUAUAGGUACUGGUUCAACAGCUCAAGUUAGACUUUUCAAAAUAGAUUAGGUCUUUUUAGCAGAAAAUAGUAUAGACCAUAAAUUAUAUGCAGUAAAAUAGAUUGAGAAGGAACAAGUCACAGGGAGACAUCGUGUGUUGAGAUCGAAAACAUCGUUAGAAGAAAUAUUUAUGAUGUGGAGUUUGGAUCACCCAAAUAUCAUGAAAUUGCAUCAAAUAUAUGAAUCAGAAAAACACAUUCGAUUAAUCAUCUGUCUCUUCAAGGAGAACAAUUUAUCAAUAAAAUCAAAAAUUUUAAUUUCCUAUUCAAAAGAGAGGUGGUCAAAUUAUUAAUUGAAACAGUUAAUUAUAGGCGCACCAAAGUAUUUAAAGCUAAAUUAGGGAAUUAUGCAUCAAGAUUUAAAGCCAUUCAAUAUCCUGUAUAAAAACAAAGAUCCUUUAGAUUGGCAAUUUGGAAUAGGAGAUUUUGGAUUCUCUACUUAAAUCAAACAACAAUAGCAGCAUAUGCACCAGAAAUUAUAGAAUAUCAAGAAAAGUCAAAGAUGCAUGGAUUGUCCUGCGAUUGUAAGAAUAACAAAAUUAAAUAGCUUUUAUAAUUCUCAUUCGUUCAAAAGUAAGACAAAAGAUGACACUUUUAGAUAAAAUGUGAAUGAUUAAAUUAAUUAUUAUGGCAAAGUUUGUAUUCCUUAAUCACUCAAGUCUUUUAUUAUUUCUAAGGUGAGAAAAAAUCCUCUCCAUAGAUUCACUUUAUAAUAAUGUUUGGAUUAUGACUUUUACAAGGAAAAUUUAUCUAAAUUCAACUAACUAUCUUAAGAAAUUUAAGAGUAAAUUUAGAGAUGCAGUUUCUAGACACAGGCCGAAGACAAUGGAGAUUCGAAACAUAAGAUGUCAAACUCUUUAGUUAUCAAAAACACAAAAUAAUAAAAGAAGGCAAUCUUUACCUCAAGAUUUCUCUGUUACACAGAAACCAUUAAUUUAACACUCAGAUUUAUUAUGAAUAAGUAUUCUAAUAAAACACAGGUAAUCAGUCUCAACUACACAUGCUAGAAUCUCAACAAUCGUUCUAGUUAAUCUAAUAAAAUUGAAUAAAUAUUACUCCUUAACUAAAAUUAACUAAAUUAGAAAAGAUUUGUGAAAUUUUUCUGA